AUGCAGAGUCAGGUGUCCUUGAGACAACCUUACCUCGAACCGAAUAAUAUAAAUACUCAUUCUCAGGGAGAUACUUCCUUACUAGGAUCUAGAUCUACAUUAUUACAAUCAAAGAAUUGUUCUAGAUGUGGAGAACCAAUCUUUACGCAGCAACAACCUAGUACAAAUAAUAAUAAUAAUAAUAAUAAUAAUAAUAGUAAUAAUAAUAAUAAUAAUAAUGAUGAUGGUGAUGAUGAUGAUGAUGAUGAAAACGGUAGAGUAACCUCUAAACACAGUAAAAGCAAUUUGAAAGCUCUUGGGAAAUAUUAUCAUGAGGAUUGUUUUGUAUGUCAGGAUUGUUCAAAACCUUUGAAGCCAAAGUUUUUCCCGUUUAAGACUAAUGAUACUGAUGAACCUAUCCUGUUAUGUCAAUAUGAUUAUUUUAGAAGACAUGAUUUACUUUGUAAAGUAUGUGAUAAACCAUUAAGAGGAUUAUAUUAUACUGCAUUUGGUGGUAGAUACGAUGAAGAACAUUUUUCAUGUACUAUUUGUAAGACCCCCUGUGGUGUGAAAAAAUGUUUUAUUCACGAUGAUAAAUUAUACUGUAAAUACCAUUUUUUGAAAUUUUUUUCAAAACGUUGUAAAGGUUGUAAAUUCCCAAUUUCAGAUCAAUAUAUUGAAUUCCCUCGUGGUGACGAAGUCCAUUGUUGGCAUCCAGAAUGUUAUGGGAUUCAUAAAUAUUGGCACGUAAAUUUAUCGGCAGAAUCUCUAGGUUUACCUUUAUUACAAAGAUUACCUUAUAAUACAGAAGAUCCUAUAAGAGAUGUUAAUCCGACUCCACCAGAAUUAGAGAAACAAAUGCAGGCGUUUAGUUUCAUCUUAUCCAAGAUUUGGUCUGUUCUCUAUAGGUUUGAAGAAGAAACCGCGUCGUGUAUCUCAGAUAUGUUUCAAUAUCUUUCAAGUUUUGAUCAAUUGAAGGGUAUAGACUCGGCGGCUUUGUUUGUGUUGAAGAUUGAAUGUCUAUUUAAAGCAUUGGACAAUUUUAAUACAUUUAAUAAUUCUUUACCUGGUGAUAACCUUCAAAAUAUAAUAGAUGGUGUUGACUCUGAUAAAUCAAAGGACUUACAAACUAUUAAUGUGAAAUAUGAGAAAUUUCCAAGAAAUUUGACUACAAAAAUUAUGAUAUAUCUACAAUUGUUAAGGAAAUUAAAUGUAGAUUCAUAUGAUAAAGACGCCACUUUAUCCUCAUUCAUGUCAGUGAUCACAGGGUUGGCCCAUUUUUUGAAAUUAUUAACCAGAUAUGGUCUUUUCUCUGCAUUGGAUUCUAAUAAGAAUACUCAUUCAGUGUCAACACUAUUAAAAUUUUUACGAGAAGUUGAAAAAAAUGAAACUAUUACAGAAAAUCCUUUCUCUAAUAUUAAUAUCUCUUUAGAGGCUACAGAUGAUUGUGUUGCUUGUAAGAAAUAUAUUCAAGAACAAUGUAUUAAAUUCCAAGAUUUUAGAUGGCAUUUGAAUUGUUUCGUUUGUUCGAAAUGUUCAAAGAAAAUUGAAAUAUCUGAUAUCGAUGAAUCUACGUUCAAGAAAUCAAGUAUGCAAAUAUUUUGCCCUACUUGUUCUGCUAAUGAACCCGAAUCAGUACCAGGUUUUAAAUUUAUCACCAAAUUGGCUCAAUUGAUCUUCCUAUUAAAGAUUGCUUUAGUUCGUUCGAAAGCUGUGAUGAGAGCACAAUUAAUGGGUCAAACUGCUGCAGCCAGUAACUCUCAGCGUAUAAAGACAGUGACUAUGCAACAGACAUAUAUUAGGACCUUAAACGAUAUUAAAAGACUUCGUUCAAGAAGGGAAAGUAUUAGAGUCAAUCAUGAUAAACAAGGGGUUCGUAGAUCGGUUAUUUUAGAGACACCCGAAGAAGAUUUGGAUAAAUCUAUUACAAAUAAUUCAAAGAAAAGUUUGAUUAUUCAUACAGAUGAUAAUCAAAAAUAUUCUAGACAUCCAUCGUCACAUGAAAACGUUUUUUCAAAUACAAAGACUUUAACUUUAGAUGAUAUUUCUAGAAUUGUAGCUGCUGAGCAAGCUAGAGAAUUAAGACCAAACGCUUUUACACAUUUCAAAACUUUAAAGGAAACUGAAGAUGAAACUAAUAUACAAAAGAAGAGUGGGUUAUAUUAUUCUGAAUUGGAUGAAAACGAUUUGAGAUUGAUUUCCAUUAUCAGCUGCAGUUUAUUAAAAUCCAACAACGUAUUAAAAGUUAAUCCUUCUAGCUUAAUCAAAUUGAUUCCUGCUAUUAAGAACACAAAACCUCAACAAUCAAGUAAUUUCUGGAGUAAAAUGAAGAAAAAGAUGAAUAAAGAACCCAAGACUGUCACACCUAAUAAAGUAUUUGGUAUCUCCUUAGAUAUUGUAUGUGAUAAAUGGGGUACAGAUUCUGAUUUAGCUGUCGGUCCAACAAAGAUUAGGAUUCCGAUUGUUAUAGACGAACUUAUCUCAUCAUUACGUCAAAUGGAUAUGUCUGUAGAAGGUAUUUUCCGUAAAAAUGGUAAUAUUCGACGUUUAAGGGAAUUAUCCACUCAAAUUGAUGGUAACCCCUCCGAAGUACCUGAUUUAUCAAAAGAGAAUGCAAUUCAAUUAUCGGCUCUUCUUAAGAAAUUUUUCAGAGAAUUACCAGAUCCUAUCCUUACAAACACUUUGUACAAAUUAUGGAUUAUGACUGCAGAGAUGGAAGAUACAACAGAGAAACAGAAAUUUUAUUGUUUGGUUUAUUCUUUACUUCCAUUGUACAACAGAAACAUUUUAGAGGUUUUAUUAUCAUUUUUGUACUGGACUUCAUCAUUUUCUCAUGUUGAAAAUGAAAUGGGUUCUAAAAUGGAUAUUCAUAAUUUAUCAACGGUUAUUGCCCCAAACGUUCUAUAUCUACCAACACCAAAUAAUAAUGGUGAAUCAGGACAACCUAGUAAAUCGUACUCAGAAGGUUUUGCUGAAAAUGAGGGACAACAUCACUUUUUGGCCAUUGAGGUUAUCGAUUAUCUAAUCACGCAUAAUGAAGAAAUGGUUAUGGUACCAAAAUUUCUAAUAAUUUUAUUAAAGGAGAUCAAAUCUAAAAAUCUAAAAGAAAUAGAACAAAUAUCAGCAUUCAUUAGUAAGAAAAUAAAUGAAAGAGGUAUUGAUUUCUCAGAGUUCAAUAUCGGGAACGAUAUCACAGUUAAGGACACCAGUGCAUCUGUGCAGCAAGGUGCAACAUAA